AUGACAGAUAAUUGGGAUAGAACACUUUUUGAUAAAGAGUUAAAAGCAAUACUUGAAAGCAAAUUACCGGUAUCUGCUAGCAAGAUUACUGGACUUCAAUCGUUAGCCACAGCGCAUCCCAAGCACCACAAUUACAUCAUUCAAUGCAUUACACGGUUCAUCGAGACAGCACCCCCCGACUAUCGGUUAGCAGGUUUGUAUGUGAUUGAUGCUAUUUCACGUGCUGUUCAUAAACAACAAAGAAAGCGAGAAGAGAAUAACGAAGGACCCCAUGAAGCCGACGGCUAUCUUAAACGAUUUGCCAUUGUGUUGAAGGAUGAUGCAUUGAUUGGUUGUUUUGAACCAUGUUCACCCAAGGAUAAGGAUAAAGUCAAAAAGACACUCGAUUUCUGGGAGCAGGGAAACGUUUAUUCCAAAGAGAUGGUUCAAUACGUCAAACGAUCCUUUUUGAAUAGUUCUUUCAAGGCCACGGCAGAACAACAACAAGAAAAAGUGACCCCACCGGUAGAUACGGCUUUACUCUUGGCAACUCUUAGUAACAUUGGAAAUGGAAGUUUAGCCAAUCUGAAUAUUCCUGGCUUGGUCACGACUCCCUCACUUCCUGCUCCAACAACAACAACAACGACAACAACAGCCUCUUUAGAUCCUGCUACGGAUAUUCUUCCUCCUGCCCUUGCCAAAUUAUUAGGUGGAUUGGUCUCUACACCUACUACUGCAUCUAUCCCUCCCAUUACCACCAACACCACCACCACAACCGUACCCAUGACAACCGUACCAGCUCCCGUUGUUGCUCCUACUGUCAGUGAUCCUCGUAUUCGAAAUGAUCCUCGUCAAAGACCUCCCCAAGGUCCUUCUAUCCCACGCGCUACUGGUACAGGCGAGAGAAAAUCGAGGUGGGGUAAUGCUACGGAUACCCAACAGAUGGCUCCCGUGGUAGAUCCUUGGUUACAACGUCAAUCCAUUGGUGAUCCUCGUACUUCUUUUCAACCACCACCACCACAACAACAACAACAACAACAACAACCCAGUCGAUCACCAUACACUGCCCCUCCAUAUCAACAGCAACAGCAGCCAUAUCAACAACAACAACAUCACCACCACAACCAACAACAGCAACAACAGGCGUAUCAGCCAUCAUCAUAUCAGACAUCUUCAUAUCAAUCAUCAUAUCAACCAUCUUAUCAACAACAUGCUUCUCGAUCCAACUCCAAGGGAGCUGAUCCUGUCCAUGACCCAUCCUUACCUGCUGGAUGCAUCAAAGUGCUGACACGUACGUUGUUUGUUGGACCUAUCCCAGACCACUAUGAAAAGGAAGAUGUAUCUCACUUGUUCUCAAAGUACGGCGAAUUAGCCAGCGUGAUUGUAUCCAAGAAACUCAAGGGCCGCCAUAACGCCUUUCUGAAAUUCCUGACGCGUGCCUCGACCGAAGCAGCCAAAUACGGUAGCGUAGGACUGAUGGUGGAUGAUGUCCCUGUCAAGGUGAAUUGGGCCUUUGGAUUUGGACCCAAGAAACACUUUAAUUACGACCGUGGUGACUCCAUUAUCCCUUUAGCCGAACUCUCGGAUGAAGAAAAGGAUAAUCUGAUGACCGCUCCCGUGGGUGGAUUUGGUGGUCAACCCGUGCGUCCCUGUAUGACGGUGGAGGAACCUGAAGCUCAAUAUCGUCCCGAAUGGAAAACAGAUGAUCAAAAUCGAGCUCCUGUCACUGCAGGGUUUAAACGUCAACAAAGUGGUGUACCCGGUAGUGGUGCAAAUUUUGAAGAAAUCAGAAAGAGAGGUCGAUUUUCUUCGUCUAACUCAAGUCAUCAUGAACCUCCUGUCAUGGGUAAUCGAGGUCAAGGCUUUUACCAGCAAUAUGAUCCUUCAAUAUCCGUUAAUCCUUAUUCAGAUCGUCCUCAAUAA